CGGCUCUAUGGAUACAUAGCCGUUGCAAGCUUUCCAUAACCCUAGCGCGUCUGCCAACCCCUUCAUCUUAUCGCUAUAUAAACCCACUAAUUCAACCCCAGCAUUACUCACUUACUCUCUCUCUCUCUCUCUCUCUGAAAUCGCAAUUCAUUGCAACGCUCAGAGAUCUAUCACAUCACUUGCCCUCCAAUUUCUUGAAUCUAACCCUUUUUGCAGGAUUGAUUUUGUGAACUGACUAAUAUUUUUUGCAGGAUUUUUAAAUUUUGCUCUUUUAGUUUUCGCAUAUAUAUAUAUAUAUAUAUAUUGUGUGGGUAUAACAUCAUGGAUGCAGGAUCAAUGGGUUCUUCACCCAACAUUAAGUCGCAGUCUAGGUGCCCUCUUCAAGAACAGUUUCUUCAGCGAAGGAAUUCUCGGGAAAACUUGGACAGGUUCAUACCAAACAGGUCAGCAAUGGAUUUUGAUUUCGCGAACAUGAUGCUAACGGAAGGUAGGAAAGGUAAGGAAAACCCAGCUGCCUCUUCCCCAUCCAGAGAGGCCUAUCGGAAGCAGUUGGCAGAGGCAAUGAACAUGAACCGGACUAGAAUCCUUGCAUUCAAGAACAAGCCACCUGCCCCUGUUGAGAUGUUCCCGCGCGAGUUCUCUUCUCUGCAACAGGAUAAACCGGCAAAGCCCCGAAGACACAUUCCUCAAACCUCAGAGAAGACAUUGGAUGCUCCGGACCUUGUGGAUGAUUACUACCUCAAUUUGUUGGAUUGGGGGAGCUGCAAUGUCCUCGCAAUAGCUCUUGCAAACACAGUUUAUUUGUGGGAUGCUACCAAUGGUUCUACUUCGGAACUGGUCACAUUUGAGGAUGAAGUUGGAUCUGUGACCAGCGUCAGUUGGGCUCCUGAUGGGCGCCACAUUGCUAUUGGACUGGACAAUUCUGAAGUACAGUUAUGGGAUUCGACUGCUAACAAACAGCUGAGAACGUUGAGAGGUUGCCACCGUUCACGAGUAGGCUCUUUGGCAUGGAACAACCACAUUCUUACAACUGGAGGGAUGGACGGUUGCAUUGUGAACAAUGAUGUAAGAAUUAGAUCACACAUUGUUGAGACAUACAGAGGACAUGAGCAAGAGGUUUGUGGACUCAAGUGGUCGGCCUCAGGCCAACAAUUGGCUAGCGGAGGAAACGACAACCUUCUCCAUAUAUGGGACAGAUCAGUGGCAUCUUCAAAUUCACCAACUCAGUGGCUUCACAGACUUGAAGAUCAUACAGCUGCAGUGAAAGCCCUGGCUUGGUGUCCUUUCCAGGGCAAUUUAUUGGCUUCUGGUGGAGGCGGGGGUGACCGGUGCAUAAAGUUUUGGAACACUCACACAGGUGCAUGCUUGAACUCGGUUGACACUGGCUCUCAGGUCUGUUCUUUGCUGUGGAACAAGAAUGAAAGGGAAUUGCUUAGCUCACAUGGGUUUACUCAGAAUCAGCUCACUCUUUGGAAAUACCCGUCGAUGGCUAAAAUUGCCGAGCUCACUGGCCAUACUUCUAGAGUUCUUUAUAUGGCUCAGAGCCCCGAUGGUUGCACAGUUGCAUCAGCAGCUGGUGAUGAAACACUCAGGUUUUGGAACGUUUUUGGGGUCCCUGAGGUGGCUAAACCAGCUCCCAAAGCUAACCCCGAGCCUUUUGCUCAUUUGAACCGCAUUCGCUGAUCAAGAACAUGAGAAGGGGUUGAGGGUUCCCUUGAAUCAUAUUUGCACAUUUACAUCAGAUGGAGCUGCAGUAUUCUUUCUUUAAGAAUCAUACCGCUGAUCAAGAUUCAAGAACAUAAGAAAUUAUAUCCUUGCUUCGGAGCAGCGCAAGUUAGUGUUCUUCAUCAAUAGUCUCAGACUGCAGCACAGGGCAAUCUCAGUCCACAUUCUUUGUACAACUCCCUCCCCUGUAUAAAAAGGGUGAUAGAAAAUAGGAAAUCCUUGUAAUCAAUUAGUAAUGGAUUUUCAGUCUUCCUUUCCUGUGGACGUAGGCACAUUGCCGAACCACGUAACUUUUGUGUG